GGAAAGGCGGCGAGCAGACACACCGAGCAUCUCCUCCAGACACAGUGCACCAGACCGGCUAGCUCUCUGCAGUGUUUGAUCACGGUUAGAAAGGUGACUUUGGAUCCGUGCAGGGACUCAACGCGUCGAGCUCCUGUCCUAAUUUGGCUGUGAGGUCGAAACACCAGUCAGCUACACGGCCUGACAGGAGUCUAAGAUGCCCUAGGCCGGGAGAAGGGAAAUGUAAAUGGCUUCCAAAGUAAAAGAUGCCGUGGUGUGGUACCAGAAAAAGAUUGGCGCCUAUGACCAACAGAUAUGGGAGAAGUCAGUGGAGCAGCGGGAAAUAAAGGGCUUCAGGAAUAAGCCAAAGAAGACGGGACAUGUCAAACCAGACCUUAUAGACGUGGACUUGGUUAGAGGUUCGGCGUUCGCCAAGGCCAAACCAGAGAGUCCGUGGACGUCACUGACCCGAAAAGGCAUCGUCAGAGUCGUCUUCUUCCCUUUCUUUUAUCGAUGGUGGAUCCAGGUCACCUCCAGAACCAUUUUCCUCUUGCUGUUGGUUCUAUAUCUGCUGCAAGUUGCAGCAGCAGUCCUGUAUGCGAUCAUCCCUCAGCCUCAUGGGAUACCGACCACCGAGGUGUUUGGAGCCAUCUGGCUCAUGUUGCUGCUUGGCACCGUCCACUGUCAGAUCGUCUCCACCAGGACCCCGAAACCUGCCUCCAGCAGCAGCGGGAAGAGACGCAGGAAGUUGAGGAAGGCAUCUCAGAUGGAGGUGCAUAGGGAAGGCGACGGGUCUAGCACUACCGAUAACACACAGGAGGGGUCGCCACACUCCCACUCAGCCAGCACCACAUACAGCCUGGGCGCUCUCUUCCAAGAUUUCUGGCAUGAUAUCUGUAAAGCUGGAUCGAAGAAGUCCAAACUGUCCAUCGACAAGUCGACAGAGACGGACAACGGCUACGUGUCUCUGGACGGCCGGGUGACCAAUCGCAGCAGCGAGGAGGGGCUUCAGCUCCACGAGCAGCGAUGUGAUUCACUAAACAGGGCCGAUGAGGUGUGCUGGAACUCUCACAUCCAGCCGGCACACAUUCACGCACCCCUUGGCACGGGACUGAUGCUAGCAAGCGGCAACAAGGAGCCAGCAUCAGACGAGGCGUCCAGUGAGGAGGACCCUGAAGCUUCCUACAGCGCCCUCCGCAGGGGAGUCGAAAGAAUGAACAGCGACUCUACGCUCAGAAACCGAAAGAAUACACACCACUACAAGAAACACUUUGCGGUGGAGGAUGUUCCCAAGUCUGGCACCAGCUGCAGCUCCAGAUGUUCCAGUCUUAGGACUCAGGACUCAGAGAGCACUCGACACGAGUCCGAGACGGAGGACCUGAUGUGGGAAGACUUCCUGCACUGUGCCGAGUGCAGAUCCUCCUGCACAUCAGAGACAGAGGGAGAAGGAGGAGGGACGCCUGUCUGUCCCCCUGCUAAAAAGGAAUAUAGAGACGACCCUUUCCAUCAGGGUCACUCUCCCUGGCUGCACAGCUCCAAUCCCGGUUUGGAGAGAGUGAGCGCCAUUGUGUGGGAGGGAAACGAGUGUAAGAAGGCCGACAUGUCCGUUCUGGAGAUCAGCGGGAUGAUCAUGAACCGAGUGAAUCUCUACACUCCUGGUAUUGGUUACCAGGUGUUUGGGAACCUGGUUUCAGUGACGCUCGGCCUCACACCUUUUGCGUACAGGCUGGCUCAGUACAGUGACUUGGAUCAGCUGACCACGCUCUCAGCCAAUGAGCUGCUGUCUUUGGCACUGGUGGGCGGGACUGGUUCAGACGGCUUGGUCAUCACCAUGGUAACACUCAGCUUCCUGGUACGCGUUUGCCUUAUAUGGCUCUUCUUCUUCCUGCUCAGUGUUGCAGAGAGGACCUACAAACAGAGGCUACUGUUUGCCAAGUUGUUUGGUCACCUGACUUCAGCCCGCAGAGCCAGGAAGUCUGAAGUCCCCCAUUUUAGACUGAAGAAAGUUCAGAACAUAAAGAUGUGGCUGUCGCUACGCUCCUACCUCAAGAGACGGGGUCCUCAGCGUUCAGUGGAUGUGAUCGUAUCAUCUGCCUUCCUGCUUACUCUGUCUGUCGUCUUCAUCUGCUGUGCUCAGUUGCUCCACGUCCAUGAAACGUUCCUGGAGUGUCACUAUAACUGGGAGCUGGUGAUCUGGUGCUCCAGUCUGUCUCUGUUCCUGCUCAGGUUUGUCACUCUGGGCUCUGAGACCAGCAAGAAGUACAGCAACACCUCCUUACUGCUCACUGAACAGAUCAACCUGUAUCUGAAGAUGGAGAAGAAGCCAAAUAAGAAAGAGGAGCUGACACUGGUGAACAACGUCUUAAAACUGGCUACCAAACUACUCAAGGAGUUGGAUACUCCUUUCAGGUUGUAUGGUUUGACUAUGAACCCUCUGCUCUACAACAUCACCCAGGUGGUUAUCCUGUCUGCCGUGUCAGGAGUCAUAUCUGACCUAUUAGGAUUUAACCUGAAGCUGUGGAAGAUUAAAUCGUGACAGUGAACGGAGAAAAGGCGUCGGCCUUCACUCUCACUGACUGACUCACUGAAUGCUCGUCCGACUGAUUUAACGGUCGACUGACUGAAAGACCGAACGUGGUUCUCGAAAUAUUGGAGUGCUUUCACCUUCAAUGUUCCCACUUUGUGCAAUUCAAAAAUUAUUUAUUUACCCACUCAGUGUUUUCUACUUAGGGUUUAUUUGAAUUGUAGUUUGUUUUAUUUUUGUGUUCUAUGACACAAAACAAUGGUAUAUUUUACCUGUCAACAAAAAGUGUUAUUAUUAUUAUUAUUAUUAUUAUUAAGCAUAAAUUCAUGUUUAAUGUGACGGUUUAGGUUCUCGGCUGCAUUUGCAACAGUUCAGUUUUCAUUUCAGCUCAUUCACAUAUUUGAAGUCAAAGUAUCGAGCUGCCGAUGGGACAACUGUCAUUUUAUUGUAAGUUUUUGUGUUUUAUUUACAUAAACUGAAAGUAAUUAUUUAUAUGUUGAGUCAAUUUUAAAACAGAAUUUCAAACUGUUACAACUUUAAAGUCUUUUUUAAGAAUACACGUGUUACUCCAAUGGUUUUCUUCAGACAACAAAGAGAUGGGUGGACGAUGAGUAUCUAGUUGAAUUGCAACCUAAUUGUUCAAUUUGAGUAAAUAAUACAAAUGAUCUUAACAGAUGCAAGCAAAGCAUAUCCUCACAAAACUACAAUUACAACGAUACUUUAUCAUUUCAAACUUCGCUGCUUUGGUGAAGACAAUGGUCCACUAACAUUGAAGAUAUAUUUGCUGUGAUUCCAGGCAUUUCACAAAUAAACUCAAUUUUCUAUUCAUACCAGCUCCCAGGUGCAAGGGGGGAAAAAUACAUUUAAGUAUUUCUUAAUGGAUGUUAACCAUUCUGCAUUUAAAGUUUUUAAUUUUCUGUGGAGAGGUGAUGCCACAUGUCAUCAGCAAUGCAAAGAAACAAUAAUCCAGUUAAUGGAAAUAACAGACCAUAGACAAUAUGUGACAUUAACAGAAACCUCUGAUGUUUAAAAAAAAUAUCCCUUUUUAAAUUAUUUCUUUUUUCUUUUUUUUUUACUGAUUUCAAUUUCAUUAUUAGUAUUUCUGAUAAUACAUGUGUGCUGUGGGUAGUCACAUGUCUUCACAAAAUUGUUUUGGUUAAAAUAACUUUUAAAGGCAGAUUAGGAUAUUGGUCUGUUACUUGUUUGUGAUGUUACUUGCUAAAUUAGUUAACACAAGAUCACUUCCUUUUGUAGCUGUUUGGAUCUGAGUCAUAUGUGGUUUUCGUUUUUUUCAUGAUGAUCCCGAUUUGUUGUUUCUUUGUGAAAUAACACAGAUUUGUCUCUCAAACUGACAUUGUGGCUGUAGUCCAAUAGUAUUUUUUUGAUUAGUAUAACCGACUCAAAUGACCCAUAAGUAUCUAAGUAGCAGCCAUGAAAAGAUCUGGUUGGAUUCUCUAAAUGCUAAGGAAAGGUGGUUCAAUGCUUCCUUUCUUAUCUCCUUCAGCAAAGGGUACACUUGGCCAUCUUUUAUGAAAGGAAAAGAGAUAAGGCUGUCAGACAAUUCCUUGAGGCAGUCCCAUGUCAAUAACAUCUGUGGUUGCAAAAUGACGUAGCCUAGUGUAAGCGCACACGUAUUCUCUUAGCACAGCGGUUUUCAAUGUCUUUCCUUGACCUCAUGACGUCGCCCAUCGAGAUCAAGGAGAAGUGGUUAGGCAAAGAUGUAAUUUCAUUUGACAGACUAUUUAUUUAUUGUCAACCAGCUUCUUUGAGUGUCACAAUUGUCAGUGUUAAAGUUCUGCUCUAUAUAUUAGCCUAAAAUAUUCCAAAAAGGGAAAGCAAUUUUUUUUUUUUAUUUUAUCUGAAUAUCACUGUUGUUGGGCUACAGUUGAUGAUCCAAAAUGACAAAGAUUCCUAAGUAUACAACCAGAUAUGGAGAAUCUAUUUGGUGUCCAAAAUAUAGAAAAUGGGGAAUGAGUCAACAAUGGAGUGAUUUUGGACACGGCGUAUUCUAUUCUAAAAUAAGUACAUCAACACAUUCACUUACAUAAAGAAAGACAUUCAAUAUUAAUCAAAAAGGAGGAUUUUUUUUUUUUUUUUUAAUUUAGUUUUUAGUAUUUUAACACCAUCAAAUUUAAUUUCUAACCCUUUAAGCCAGGGGUCAAUAUAUGAUUUAUAUCAUAGCAUACCAUAACAGUAUCAAUGGUUUAGCUCCUGAAAUUCUUUUAGGACUAUCUGAUUGGUCAGUUUGUGUCAGCCAAGAUUAGAAAUUCAGUUGUUAUAUAGAAUUUGAUAUCAAACUCACAGAGCUAUAGAUGGGAGAUUCAUGUGUAUGAAAAUUGACAGUGAUCAAAACUGACAGUCAGUUAGCCUCUGUCCUUCACAGGUUUCUAAAACACUUCAGUUAAAGCAGGUCUGAACGUGAAUGAAGAUAUGCACUUUAAAAACAGAUUUAAAAUGGAAGAAUAAAAAUAACAUCUGGUUUCAAUGUCAAGAGAUUUUUUUUUGUACCUCACCUGUUUGACACAGUAUGUGUAUGUUUUUCAAGCAAAUACUAGCUCUGAACUUAUGAAUAAUUUGUUGACAAUUCACAUCACUCUCUGAAGUAAAUCCUGCAUGGUACAUGAAGUUAUCAUACCCACAAAAAAUAUCUUAAAUGUGAUUGAAUUGCUUUUGUUGCCUCAGUUAAUCAGUUAGCAUUUUUGCGAAUUCAAACAAGCUCCAUUCAUAAAAAUGCUAGCAUAAUCAUCUUCAAUGUGUUUGAAGAAGAAGACCAAAGUGCUUAUUUUACUUUUUGUUUAUGUUUUUCUCUGCUGGAAAAAAAGAAUGUAUUUACAGCAUUGUGCUUUAAUAUAUAUUUGUUUCCCUUUGGAAAUACUUUUAAGUUGUAUUCCUGUAUUCUAUUUGGCAUUGUGCUUUUUGUUCUUUCAUCAUUCAUUUGUAAAGGUUGUCUCUCAAGCUUGUUGGAAAGGGGAGGCAUAAUUUACAGUGCUUUUAAAGAACAAAUACGUUUGAAAGUUAUGUAUGAAAAUGAAUCUAGGUUAAGGACUCUGCUGUUGUGAUUCUGUUUUCAAAGAGUCUAAAAUUUGGAUUUUUUUUUGUUGUGAACUGGUCUGUCCACAAGGUCUACAUUUUUAUAAUAAAAAUAAAAAUAAAUGGA